AUGGUUGAGGAGAGAAUACCCGCUCUGCGGGUUGGGGCCAAUCGCACCAAAUCGAGCGCUUUGCACCCGAUUAAGUACAUUGGGCCUUUACACAGGUGGAACACAUUUGAGCAAGAUGUUAAUGCCGGAUUCCAGCAGCAUAACUGGGAACGACACAAAAGUACGAUCACCAUCCUACCUUUAGAGCCACUCGGGCUACAUAACAUAGCCAACGAACAAUUGGCCAUUGGCGAUGAAAACGGUCUACAAGGUCGGUUCAACCACAAUAUGGGUCACGUCAUGAACGCAGUGUUUGGGUCUCAGGGCCUGGAUCUGGAAUUUGGCGACUUCAGAGCCUCGAACAGCAGCUACAGACGUACCCCGGACGUGGCUAUCAUGAAUGGGGGACGUGAUGUUCAAGCUGUGGGCGAGUUGAAGGCCCAGUGGAUCGGCGUCCACGGCGAUGCACAAUGA